AUGACUUCCAAAAUCAGCCGUUUGUUGGAGAACUUUCAAGACGUUCAGAAGAAAAAAUGUGAACGAACAGGUGAUAUCCCAUCAUGGCUUGAGGGAACAUUAGUUCGGAACGGACCAGGAAUGUUCAAGUUUGGAGAUACUGAACAGAAGCACUUGUUUGAUGGAAUGUCUUAUUUAUGUAGAUUCCAUUUUGAAGAUGGAGAGAUGUUCUAUUCCGCUCGCUUUUUGGAAUCAGAAGCCUACAAGGCCAAUAUGAAAGCUCAACGCGUUAUCCGCGGAAGCUUUGGAACUGUUAGCUUCCCUGAUCCUUGCAAAAACAUUUUCCAAAGGUUUUUCUCUUUCUUCUCAAAACCUGAAACUUCUGAUAAUUGUGGAGUUUCUUUCUGUCAAGUCGGUGAUGGAGUCUAUGCGGUCACCGAAACUCCUAUCAUGACUAGAAUUGAUUUGGACAGCUUGGAAGUUCUAGAUAAAGUUGAUAUGAGAAAAUAUUUGACUCUCCAUACUUACACUGCUCAUUGCAAUGGUGAUGAGGAGGGAAAUGUUUUUAACAUUGGUAGUUCCUACGGAAAAGAUAGCGCAUACGUUUUUGCCAAAACUCUCAAUCCACUCAAACAUUCUGAAACUGCGUCCUCCCACUCAACUGAGUUAACUGAACUCAUUGGAACUCUUAAAGCGACUGAUCCUGGCAUGCCAACUUACUAUCAUUCCUUUGGAAUGUCCGAGAACUACUUCAUUUUAUUUGAGUCACCUCUCCGACUGAGUGCUCUAAAACUUGGUUUCAGCAGAGCGAUUUACAAUUCAUAUAGAGAUUGUAUGAGUUGGAAUGAUUCCAAAGGAACAAAUGUGUUGUUGAUGAAUAGACACACGGGUAAAGCACUGGACAUAAAAUUCAAAGCUCCUCCAUUUUUCACUUUCCAUCACGCUAAUUCCUUUGAGAAAGAUGGUUUUGUUGUUGUUGAUUAUUGUUAUAUGAGAAAUCCGGGAACGUUUGAGGAAUUAGAACUUCGAGCUCUACGUAGAAUUGAAAGUAGCUUUGGAGCAGACGAUAAUACCAAGAUGUACUUACACCGAAUGAUUAUACCGUUGUCUGUUGAUGAAACAGCUAAAGUAGGAGAUGAUCUACUAAAAAACUGCUCUUUCGCUGGCACUUGUCAUGCUUACUUGAGAGACGAGUCAACCGUUUUCCUCGAGGAUAUGAGAAUGUGUGACUUCAACUUCGAGUUCCCUCGAUACAAUUUUGAACAUUUCAAUAUGAAGGAAUAUAAAUAUGUUUAUGGAAGUGAUGCCUUAUCUUUCAAUCAAGAUGUCACCAUUGGCGUGGUUAAAGCUGAUGUAACCGGAAAUGGAAACCAUAAAGUAUGGAAAAAGCCAAAAAAUUCGCAUAUGUGUGCUGAACCUGUUUUUAUCCCACAUCCUCAGCUGACUGAAGAAGAUGAUGGUAUUCUUCUUGUUCCUGUGAUGACGAGCGAAGAUGGCGAUAAUCCGUAUCUUGUCGUAUUGAAUUCAAAAGAUAUGACUGAAAUUGCAAGAUUCGUAAUUCCUGAGUCUCGUAUUCCAUUUGGUUUCCAUGGAAUAUAUAGCGGACCACGCAAAGCUGAAAAAUAA